UACAGAGAAGACACAAAGUGCAUCUACAAGCCCUCUACGCAAGGCUACUUCUGCAAAGACACAGACCAUGCACUUGUGAUCCUAGAAAGCUUGGACACUGAAGCAGACGGAAGGAGGUCGUCUCCAGUGGUAUCGGUGACUGGCAGUUUUGUGGAGGCUUUCAGUAGAGGAGUUUCACAUGUAUCUUGCUAUCCUUCAGAACAUCCACCAGCUUUCUAUUCGGUCUUGCCAUCCAACAAGCUGACUAAGGUUUGCUUCACUGAUCUAACGCCUCCGAGCUUAAGACUCCGCCUCAUCAGUGGUCAAAAUUCUACCAGACUUCUCAUAGCCAUCUUCUACGAUGAACCCCGUAGCCUUCACGUUUUCAUGAACGGGAAUUACAUUCCACUAGCCUCAUCUUCUUCCAGCACUUUCUUAACUAAGGCCAUGGCAGGCACCCACUCCUUCAGCUUUGAGAACAACCUUCUCUACAUCCUCCUUCAUGGAGAUGACCCCAUAGAAAUAUACACCAGCUUUUCCCUUCAUGCUGCUUUUACCAUUGCUGAGACCGUUGGAGAGGAGGGUCAGAGAAGGGUGGUCCAUCGCCUGGCUGAUUUCUUGCAGAUUGGACGGGACUAUGUCAGAAUAGUUCAGAGUGCGCCAGGGAGCGAGAGCACGUUAAAGGUUAUCUCAGACAACGUUGGCAAGAGGACGCGUGAGUGCCCUCCCAUGACACCUUGUACAGCCUUUUCUAGCAGGGCUGGCUGGGAGAAAACCCAGACAGGAGCAGCAAGCGUUUGGGUUCUGCAGUCAUCUCAUGCGGCUACCCCAUUGAGAGUGCUGAUCAUUGAAAUUGGAGAGCCACCAGGCCUUUUCAGAAAUAAGCUUGUUCCCUCCUUGUCGAGAGACAAGUUGAAGAGCUUGGCCAGAACUGUUAUCAACGCUCAGCAGACUGGGGAUCUUCAGCGAGCCCUGGAGUUACCAAUUGAUACUUUAAUGGUGACACAGUCUGCUUUGUCAUCGCCACUAGGGGGCAGUGCCGGAAAUGGAAGCAGUCUAACUCCUGGAGGCUGCCUGUAUGUGAGGCCCUAUAAUAUCUCUGUCCUGGUACAGCCGUCUGAUGGAGAAAUGGAGAAAGAGCUUCCUGAACAGCCACAAAUUAUUUUUUUGGAUAAGCAGGGUCGGAGAGUUGAGGCAUUAGGUCUGCCCUCAGAGCCAUGGGUCAUGACAGCCUGUCUCAAGGGCUCUUCGGAGGCUGUGUUGAAAGGGCACACCAGAGUAGAGGUUCGAGAUGGACGGGCUAGCUUUACGAACCUGGCAAUCUCCAAUUCAGGCUCAAACUGGUACCUCAUUUUCACUGUUAUUUCACCUCCAGGUGCUGACCUCACUGUUGAGUCCCAGCCAUUUACCAUCUUCCCUAUCCCCAAGGGAGAGAAAUCCAUCACGGUCCUUGCUGCUGUGCUGGGCUCAGUGGCUUCAGUGCUAGUUAUGGGUCUUCUUGUAUUCUGCUGGUCCAAGAAAAGCAAAAGUUUCAAAACAAAGAUUGAACAGGCUAAUGUACCACAAGCAAAGAGCAAUAUGAAAUCCUCCCAGAUCCCGCCACAGCAGCGUUCAACUCGUGCCAAUCUGCACCAUGCCCGGGAAGAGAACAAAAGAGACAUUGCUGGGAUAGAAGGAGAUAUGGAAGCAAAUGGAGUACCAGGAAACACCGCGAGACAGAUAAAGGAGUUGCAUCAACAGACGGUUAAAGCCAUGUCAAUGCGGAAGAUAAGUACUGUUGAACAUAAAAGGAAGAGUAGAGAGAACUUAUGCAUGACUAGGAAACAUGACAGCAGCCGUCCAUUACAUGGAAGAACAGCUCUGUGGGGUUCUCUGGAACUUCAGCAGCAUGGCGCCAAGGAGUUCUGUGACUGGAAGGAUACCCAUCAGCAGCUGUUUGCUUGCACCCGUGGAAAAGAGAUGGGAGGAGGGGAACCUGUGCCCCAGAAUGUGAACAGAGAGAGGCAGGAGACUGCUGUGGGAUCUUGAGGAGAUGUGUAAGGGAAAGGAUGAGCUGUGGCACCAUCAACAUGAAACAUUUUCGGGGAGGGAAUCCAUUGGAACAUGGGAACUUGAGAUGCUUCUUCCACUAGUGUGGUCAGAAAAAACAUGUUAGCACUGGACACUUGCAAACAUUUUAGGACAGUUAACAGUGAAGACAUGUUCUUAGUGUUUAAAGCAGUACAUCUUAUCUGUCUAUCGUUUGUUAUCCUGCUCUCCUUAGUCCCUGAUUUAGCAAAGUACUUAAAUCCAUCCCUAUUCAGAAAAGCAGGUGCAUAUGUACCACUUCAUUGUGGCUCAAGCAUAUGCUUCAGUACUUUCCUGAAUAGAGAUGGAUUUAAGCAAUGGCUUAAAACUCAGAAGCUGCUCUGCUGAAUUGGGGGCUUACCCUGUGAACCCCUCAGGACUGCAGCCUUCCCUUCUUGAAUGUUUGGAAAUGCCUACCACAUCAUGGCCACUGCCAUUAUUGUUAAUAAUAAUAAUGAACUGGGAGGCUGGUCUGAUUCAUAGAUUCUAAGCCUUGUGAUCAUCUAGUCCAGGGAUCGGCAACCUUUGGCACACGGCCCAUCAGGGAAAUCUGUUGGCGGGC